AUGCUAAAAAUUUUUAAAAAAGAAAAUGAAAAAAGUAAUGAAAAUUUAUUAAAUAGUAGUAGUAGGACUUAUAAUUGUAGCCCUACCCACAGUCAACGGACUAGCACUAGUAUUAUUAAUAAUAGCAUCACCACUAGUAAUAAUGAUAAAAUUCAUACAACAUCUUCAACAGGGGAAAUGAUAGUCACAAGUGGACAACUAUUAUUAUCAACUAUAGAAGAUAGUUUUAGUAAUUAUUUACCAGCAAUUCAGAAAAUUACUGCUUUAUGUGAAAAAAUUGUAAAAAGUUACGAGACAGUUAAAGAAAAUAAAACAAUAUGUAGAGUAUUAAUUGAUAGAGUUGAAUUGACUCAUAUAGCAGUAAAACAAUUAGUUAGAACCAGGCAAGAGAACGAAGAAAAAUUUCGUGAUCCGGAAUACUUCAAAGCAUUUGACAGAUUGCAAAAGACUUUAGAAAAUAUUGAAACCUUUAUUAAAAAAAUAUCAAACUAUGGAGCAUUCAGGAAGUUUGAUAAUGCUGACAGUGUUAAAAAAUGCUUUGAAGAUUAUAUUAAUGAUUUGGAACAAGUUAGUAAAGAUUUGGGUUUUAAUGUAACACUUCGUAUUUAUCAUGAUUUGAAUGAUUUGAAAGAAAAUAAUGAGAAAUACUCUAAAAUGUGGGAAAAUUUUAAUAAAUCUUUUAAGAAUGUAGGGAAAUCGGAAAUAGAUCAAGUAGUUUCAAUAGGAAAAAUUAAAAAAUCUUUGAAAUCCAAUGAUUUUGAAUCUAAGGAAGAACUCUUCAAAAUACCAGAAAUUGAUACUAAAGACAUAGAGGAUGUGAAACCACAAUACAAAAAGGCAACAGAUAUAAGAGGGAAAGAUAGCAAUGUAGUUAAGAAAGUAUUAAAGAAAACAAUUGAUGUAGCAUCUUGGGAAGUUUUACCACAUGAUCGACCUACUUUUGAUGAAGUCAUGGAUAUAUUGACAGGGUUAUGGAAACUAUAUGAAAGUUGUAAUUAUUCGGCUAAAUUUCUUGCAAAAAAUGAAAUUUCAGCUGAUAAACUUCAUGUUUAUAAUAUCGAGAUGCCAACAGAUUUCGAAAAAGAUAAUACAUUGUAUGUUGAAGAGUAUAAGAAAUAUUUACAUCUUGCUGCUAAAAAUGAAAAUGUCAUUGCAUUAUUUAAAUUAGGUCAAUACUAUCUUUCAGGAUUUCAAGGUCGUGAUCAGAAUGCAGAUCUGGCUAGGCAAUAUCUUCAAUCUGCUGUUUUGCAGAAUUACAAUGAAGAAGUUAGUAGAAGAGCCAUAGAAUUGAUAAAUAAUAUGGAAAAAAAUGAUACUGAAAAAACUGUAGAGUCAAAGAAAAUUUGA